GCAAAUCGGCGGGCGAGGUGCUCCUGCAAGGCUCAGCCAGCUUUUCUUCCGGUUCGCGGGGUCCUCACCGGCACUGCUUUUUGGAAUUCCGAAAGAACCCCUCGGGCCCCUUCGGUGUGGAUAUCUUCAACGCGUCAGGUGCCAGCGUGUGCUAACUUUGGAGGCUACCGUCCACGCCUUUGGAGGGAAAGUACACCGGCUACCUCUACGCGCCUGCCGUCCCAGGAACGAGCUGAGUGAGCAGCGGAACGAUGGGAGACGACACGAGCUUCUACUCGCAGCAAGAAGAUCCGUACGACUAUGCGUCGAGCGUCUACUCCGUGGUGGACUUUCCGACUUCGGAAACAGCAAUAUUGACCGCGGUGGCCAGAGCUCAUUUGUGGUGUGGCUGGCCUGUCUGCUGUUCCUGGGCAUAAUCGCUCUAAUCAUUUUCCUCAUGUCAACGGCGAACCUAGAUAUCGACGACAGGGACGACGGCGCCGGUGGCGGUGGCGGCGCCAAGGAAGAAGUCACAGAUGUACCGUAUCCGGGCACCAUCUAUUCCAAGCCAACCGUUCCUAAGCCUGUGGCAUCCCGACCCUCAACACCAGGACCCGCAACCGCUCCUCCUGUGUCCACAGCUGCCCCGUCAAGACCAACACCGCCCAUCUCGUCAACCCUGCCACCAACAGGUGUGCUGCCACCCGUGUCCACAGCGUCGUCAAAAACAAGGAUCAUGAGUACACGAGACUCGAGAAGAAGUCCAUUGACCACUCCAACAACGACGACUACCAGAGCUAUCACGACCACAACUAGAAAAAGGGCUACUACGACCACAAGAAUGCCGACAACUUCGACUCCCUCGACCAGCCGCUACACGAAACGUGUGCUGCCACCCGUGUCCACAACGUCGUCAAAAACAAGCAUCAAGAGUACACGAGACUCGAGAAGAAGUCCAUUUACCACUCCAACAACGACGACUACCAGAGCUAUCACGACCACAACUAGAAAAAGGGCUACUACGACCACAAGAAUGCCGACAACUUCGACUACCUCGACCAGUCGCUACCCGGAUCUAAGGCAAAUGCUAUGCUCGGUGGGCCGUACUGCCAUCGCGGAGACCAUGUACCCACCCGAAGGUCUCUGCACAUACUUGUUCUACACUGACGUUGUCAUCGUGGACGCGAAGAUAGUUGCCGCAGCAGAGCGGAACAGCUGGAACUUGUUCCAAAUCAAGGCCAAGAAAUAUAACAAGAUCAAGUCGGGUAUUGCUUUCGACCACAGGUACAUCAGCACGAAUCUAAUAUCUGAGGCCAUGGGCGAGCUGACUAUGCUGGCCACAAACAAGAUCGCAAGUUACGGCUUGCUGAAUAUCAUCACGAAGCCCACUGUACUCCACCAAACCGUGCUGGCCCUGAGGCCAGCUAUAGAAGCCCUCAAGAACAUCCAAGGCCGCGAUCCCGGCAAGACCACCGUGAUCGCGAUCGGAUCGUACGACUACAGUGGUUCCGGGUUUAUGGCCAAAUACAAGGAUAUAUUUGCAGAAGUCGUCGGCACAUUCAAGGCCGACAUAGUCAUCGCUAUCUCAUCGGUCGGAUCGAUGGAGGACGAGGCCAACUGCUACGCCGCACCGCCAAAUGUCCUCAUCUCUCCGAUAUUAAGGUUCCCGAGCAUGGAGAGUCACUGGCCUCUCGUGCGCCACAACGCGACGUACGCGAACGGCGAAACGUUGGUGGGCCUGUCGUUCGAGAUGGGGGCACUGAUCUACGUCCUCAAACAAGACGCGAAAAGCCUGAACGACAGCGCCUACGCCAGUUGCACGGAGGCCGGCAUGACGAGCCAAGAUGUGAUUUGCACAUUUUCCAAGAACGUCGACAAAAAUAACCAGUGGCUGAAAGAACCGUACAUGGUGUACGGCACAUACAUCCACAAUAAUACAAAGAGGCACGUCGCCUUUUCCGAGUACUUCACAAGCGUUCGGGAAAAGUACACCAAAGCCCGUCGGAUAUUUGGAUCGCUCCAUCACCGAUCUGCGUUGUUGAUGUUCAACGUCCACCUGGGGGACGUCAGGAAGAAAUGCAGCAUCGAAGCUUUCAGUGCCAUUAGAUGGAUCUGCAAUGACUUCUUAGGCCAGCGAAGUUGUGGCUGAAACGCCUUCCCAUCGUCUCUGCGCUGCACGUACACUCUAAUCUUGGUAACCUUUAAGUAUACCUAUAAACAUUAGUAACGAAUAAAA